CUUGCACUGAAUACAUUCAAAGAACCAUCAAGAAAUGGGGACCUGGAUUUUAUUUGCCUGCCUCCUGGGAGCAGCUUUUGCCAUGCCUCUACCACCUCAUCCUGGGCACCCUGGUUAUAUCAACUUCAGCUAUGAGGUGCUUACCCCUUUGAAGUGGUACCAGAGCAUAAGGCCACCGUACCCUUCCUAUGGUUACGAGCCCAUGGGUGGAUGGCUGCACCACCAAAUCAUCCCCGUGCUGUCCCAACAGCACCCCCCGACUCACACCCUGCAGCCUCAUCACCACAUCCCAGUGGUGCCAGCUCAGCAGCCCGUGAUCCCCCAGCAACCAAUGAUGCCCGUUCCUGGCCAACACUCCAUGACUCCAAUCCAACACCACCAGCCAAACCUCCCUCCGCCCGCCCAGCAGCCCUACCAGCCCCAGCCUGUUCAGCCACAGCCUCACCAGCCCAUGCAGCCCCAGCCACCUGUGCACCCCAUGCAGCCCCUGCCGCCACAGCCACCUCUGCCUCCGAUGUUCCCCAUGCAGCCCCUGCCUCCCAUGCUUCCUGAUCUGACUCUGGAAGCUUGGCCAUCAACAGACAAGACCAAGCGGGAGGAAGUGGAUUAAAAGAUCAGAAGAUGAGAGGGGAAUGAAUACUUCAGAUGCUUUCAGGAGUGACACAAGAACACAAUGAUUUUUGCUUAUAAUAACUUUACUUAGCAAAUUCUGUAACUAAAAAAGUACCAUUAGCAGACAAUAAAAUGCAUUAAAAAUCA